GCAACUUCUAAACGGUGCAGCAAGCAAUAGAUUGAGCUCUCGAUCGAACCAGCAAAUAAUGGCCGGCAUCAUGGACAGUACUACUGCAUCCUACUACACCACCUUGCUGUGCGGCGCCCUGCUACUCGCUGCCGUCGUCUUCAAGCUCAAGACGGCGGCAGCUUUUUCCCGGCACAACGCCGGCGUGAACCUCCCUCCGGGGCCAUGGGCGCUGCCGGUCAUCGGGAGCAUCCACUGCCUGCUCGGCUCCCUGCCGCACCACGCCAUGCGGGAGCUCUCCCGGCGGUACGGCCCCGUCAUGCUCCUCCGCCUCGGCCAUGUCCGGACGCUGGUGCUGUCCUCCCCGGAGGCGGCGAGGGAGGUGAUGAAGACCCACGACGUCGCGUUCGCCAACCGGGCGGUCACCCCGACGGCGAGCAUCGACAUCGUCUUCGCGCCGUUCGGCAAGCACCUCCGGGAGCUCCGCAAGCUUUGCGCGCUGGAGCUGCUCAGCCCCAGGCGCGUCCGCUCCUUCCGCCAUGUCCGCGAGGAAGAGGCGGCGAGGCUCGCUCGGUCGGUGGCGGCGGCGGCGUCGGCGUCGUCGGCCGUCAACGUCAGCGAGCUCGUCAAGAUCAUGACGAAUGAUGUCACCAUGAGGGCUAUCAUCGGCGACAGGUGCCCGCAGCGGGAGGAGUACCUCGAGGCUCUAGACAAGACCAUGGAUCUCCUCGCCGGAUUCAACCUGGUCGACCUGUUCCCCGGAUCGCCGCUGGCGAGGGUGCUCGGUGGCCGAUCCCUGCGUACGACGAAGCGGGUCCAUGAGAAGCUCCAUCAAAUUACGGAAGCCAUAAUCCAAGGCCAUGGAAUCAAGGACACGGUUGGUGACGAACACCAUGAGUGUGAGGACAUCCUCGACGUCCUGCUGCGGUUUCAGAGGGACGGUGGGCUUGGAAUCACCCUCACUAAGGAAAUUGUCAGCGCCGUGUUGUUUGAUCUUUUUGCUGGCGGCUCGGAGACUACGUCAACAACCAUACUCUGGGCCAUGUCCGAACUUAUGAGGAGUCCUCAUGUGAUGGAGCAAGCAAAGUAUGAGAUUCGGCAAGUCCUUCAAGGUAAAGCCAUGGUUAGUGAGGCGGACAUUGAAGGCCGACUCCACUAUCUGCAGCUGGUUAUCAAAGAAACUCUUAGGCUGCAUCCUCCGGUGCCAAUUGUUAUACCCAGAUUAUGCUCUAAACCGAAUAGUAAGAUUAUGGGGUAUGAUAUACCUCAAGGUACUUCGGUGCUGGUGAAUGUAUCAGCUAUUGGAAGAGAUGAGAAGAUUUGGAAAGAUGUAAAUGAGUUUAGGCCUGAACGAUUUAAAGAUGAUAUUGUUGAUUUUAGUGGUACGGAUUUUAGGUUUAUUCCUGGUGGUUCUGGUCGAAGGAUGCGCCCAGGUUUAACAUUUGGAGUAUCCAAUAUUGAGAUAGCACUUGUAACCCUUCUAUACCAUUUUGAUUGGAAGUUGCCUAGUGAAACAGACACACAUGAGCUAGAUAUGAGAGAAACCUAUGGGCUCACUACACGUCGUAGAUCUGACCUUUUACUCAAAGCUACUCCUUCCUAUGCACGAUUGGGUUGGUCCACCAAUAUGCAGAUAUACAGUGUCAAGUGUUUGGUCUAUGAAUAAAAUAAUAUUGUCCAUAUAUAUUUAUUUAAUUAGUUUUCUUCUAUUAUAAAUGGAGGAUAAGUAUGAGUUAAUUAGGAAUUAUAAAUGUGGUGGCUACAA